AAAAGGAAAGUAAGUCUCAUAUAGCUAUCAUUUAGUUGCGUUUUAAAACUUCAAGUGUACGGAUAAAUAUUGACAUUGAAAUCCAAUCGUUUUAUCAACCGAGUCCGUUUUCUUUUGCAAUUAUUCUGAUAUCAUUUAGAAAUAAUAAAAUAGGUAUCCAAACACUAACAAAAGAUUAAUUUUUUAGUCUUCAUUAAGUGAUUGAAGUAAAGAGUUAACCAUGAAACAUUUUGAUUUGGUUACAAUAUUCUGUAUGGCGCUAAUAUUGACAGCAGAUGGAGAACUUUCUGAAACUGAACAACAGCAAAAGCAAACACUAUACAGUUCUUUUUCAACUGCCACACCGCUUGCACUAGAAUUAUCAACGCAAGGCUUUAUGGAAACAAUGGAACAAGCAUUGGAAAAUUCUCAAAAGGGCGAAGCUAAAGUUAGAACUGUCUCUUUUGAAAGUGAACAAAAACAGAUUCAGAAAACUGCGGGUGAUGUUGAGGUAAUUGAGCUAAGAGCAGGACCCGCUAUGGAAAAGCAAGAAGAAGAAGUAAGCACAGGAGUGGAAGAUAAAAUUGAAAGAAUGGAGGUGGACGAAGUCAAUGAUGGAGUGAUACCAGCAGUUGAACAAGAAGUUGGUGAAGCCGGGGAACCGGAAGGCGAACAGGCAGGUGAAGCACAGGCUAAAGAAGAAGCGGAGCCAGAAGUGGAAGUAGAAGCCGAAGCAGAAACCGAAGUGGAAGCCGAACAAGAAGCGCUGCCGGAAGCUGAAGCGGAAGCUGAACUGGAAGUUGAGCCAGAAGCGGCAUCAGAAGCUGAGCCAGAAGUGGAAGCAGAAGCUGAACCAAAGGUGGAGCCGGAAGCUGAACCAACAAUGGAAGCAGAAAAGGAGUCCGAACCAGGCGCUGAAAGUGCAGAGCCUGAAAAAGGAGUUGAGGAAAAACUGCCAGAAGACGAGUCGAACAUCGAUGGCAGCAAUGUGAAGGAACAAGAAACAAAUUCAAACACCAACAAUGCAGAAGAAGGAGUCCCAACAGGCGCAGAAACACAACAACCCAAUCCAGCGGAAACGGAAGAGAAAUUACAAAAUGACGCCCCGGCUGGUGAAGUUGAAAUAAAUCAAGAAAAACCUCACCUAGUCGAGACUAUUAAUAAGAUAAAGCCCGACUUAUGUUUUACAUGCAACAGUAAAGAAGACAGCGCUUGUGAAAAGAGAGCAACCGAACAAGUUACUUGUAAAAAGACUAACAACAACAAUAGUCAAAAUGAACAUAGCGGUUGUUACUCGAUGUUUGACGAGAAAGGUAAUACUACUAUGCGCGGCUGCGUGAGUGACUUAACAGAGCAAGGCUUCAAAUAUUGUUUGAAAAGUAAAAAGUUUUGCGAAUUAUGUUACUCCAACAUAUGCAAUAAUAAGAAAAUAACCGGCGGUGCAGCUGAUCUUCACAAAUUGAAUAUUAUUUUACUUGCCUUGGUGAAUAUUUUCACAUAUAUUAACUGCAGGGACAUUUUUAUAGUAAAUGCAAUGUAAUUUCAAAACAU